AUGGAAGUGAAGGAGCCCUUCAGCAGGAUGCAGUCGACUGUCAUACAUGAUGCAUCCAGUGAUAGCGGUGGAGAAGACGGUGCCACAUCAAGGGUCAUCUUCUACGGAGCCUUUUUGAGUCGGGUAAUACAUGCUUUUCUGCAGAACUUGCAGUACGCCAGUGACGACCUCAUGAUGCUGGACGACGACUCCCUUAUGAUCCCUUAUCAAAUUGGUGACGUCUUUAUCAGCCACUCCCAGGAAGAAACGCAAGAAAUGCUGGAGGCUGCAAAGGAAUCCCUGGAGCAGGAGGUCAAGGGCCUGGAGGAGCGAGUGGCAGCGAUACAGCAGGUUCUGGGUGACCUGAAGAUCCAGCUCUACGCCAAGUUUGGGAACAACAUUAACCUGGAGGCAGAUGAAAGCUGAGCGGCCACAUAGAUGGCAACAGCCGACCCAACAUGGACUUUUACACGCCGCUCUUGGUCCAGAUCCGUCUCAAUGCCAACAAAACUAGCACGUCUACUGCAUGAGCAUUUUAAUUUAGCAGAUUACGGCCUUUGGGAACCCAGAUUAUGUGUUUUGCAGUUUCAUUUUACAAUUCACCAAGACAAUAAAGACCAAGAUUUGAUG